CGGCAGAUGGCGCGGUACAAGAAGAGGUACCUCCACGCCAUCCUGCGGCAGGAGAUUGGCUGGUUCGACACCUCGACGCCCGAGGAGCUCUGCACUCGCUUCGGCGCGGCGAUGCUCGCCGUCGAGGAGGGCGUCGGCUUCAAGACGAUGAUGCUCGUCGACGCGUGGUCCACCCUCUGCGCUUCCAUCCUGCUCGGCCUCAACUUCGGCUGGGACAUCUGCGUCGCCGUCUUUGCGGCGGCGCCGAUCCCUGGCGUCGCCGGCAUCAUCGCAAUCGUGGUCGGGCUGACGGCGAUGCACAACGUGCUGACGGCCACGGCGGGGGCCGGCGCGAUCGCGUCCGAGGCCUUCUCCCCGUCUCAGGUGGCCGCGUUUGGGCUCGAGCGGGUGGCUGCGGAGAGGUACGAGCGCAAGGUCAAGGUGGCGGAGCGGUACGGCGUCCGCUUCGUGUGGCAGGCCUCGCUCGCCGUCUCGGUCGCCAUCGCUUCGGUCAUCAUCAUGUGCAUGGCGGGCGAGAUUUACGGCGGCGUGGCGGCGGCCGAGGCGGCGGGCGGGUUUAUGCCCUGCUCCCACUCGGGGGCGCUCACGCUCAUCGCCGUGCUCUGCAUCCUGAUGGCCGGCGCGCACUUCACCCUCAUCCUGCUCACGUCGGGCUCCGUCUUCAAGGCGUGCAAGAUGGCGGCGCCGGUCCACGAGACAAUCAACCACGUGCCGUCCAUCGACGUCGCGUCCAGCGAGGGGCGCAGGCUGCCGUCGGUGCGCGGCGACAUCUCGGUGCGCGACGUGGUCUUCGCGUACCCCGCCGCGCCCGAGCACCUCGUCUGCAACGGCUACUCGCUCGAGAUUGGCGCGGGGCAGACGGUGGCACUGUGCGGCCCGUCGGGCAGCGGCAAGUCGACGCUCAUCCAGCUGCUCGAGCGCUUCUACGACCCGCAGGAGGGGUCGGUGCGGCUGGACGGCGUCGACCUGCGCGACCUGAACGUGCGCUGGCUGCGCUCGCAGAUUGCGCUGGUGGGGCAGGAGCCCAUCCUCUUCGUGGGCACCGUCGCGGAGAACAUCGCGUACGGCAAGGAGGGCGCCUCGCGCGCCGAGGUGGAGGAGGCGGCGCGCAGCGCCAACGCGCACGAGUUCAUCAUGAAGAGCCUGCCCGAUGGGUACGAGACCUCCGUCGGGCACGCCGGCGGGACCUUGUCGGGCGGUCAGAAGCAGCGGGUGGCGAUCGCGCGCGCGAUCGUGCGCAAGCCGGCCAUCCUGCUGCUCGACGAGGCGACGUCGGCGCUCGACACGACGAGCGAGCGGGUGGUGCAGGCGGCGAUCGACGAGAUCAUGCAGAAGCAGAAGCGGACGACGGUCACGAUCGCGCACCGGCUGAGCACCAUCCGGCACGCCGACAAGAUCGCAGUCAUCCGCGAGGGGCGCGUGGUCGAGCAGGGCACGUGGGACCAGCUGCUCGACAUCGACGGCGGCCUCUUCCGCUCGCUCGUCAACAAGCAGGCCGAGAAGCCCUUCGCGCCAAAGGUGCAGGGGCCGGGCGCCUCGCUCGUCGUCGGCCUCCGGCAGCGCUUUGGCGACCCGUCCACCGCGCCGCCCUCGAGGCCGUCCAAUUGGCGGAGGCUGAACUUUGCGGCGGCGGCGAACGCGGUGCUGGCGAGCGUCAAGCUGGCGCGGAAGACGCCGCCCGACGGCUCCAAGGCGACGCUGCGGCUGACGAGGUCGGAGUUCUUCUCGCCGCUCUGGUGGCAGCUGAUGCGGCUGCAGGACCGCGGCGACGGCCUGCUGAUGCUGGUCGGGCUGGUGUUUGCGGUGCUCGAGGGCAUGACGAUCCCCGCGCUGGGCUUCAUCUUCACCAAGACGGCGACCUCCCUCUUCAAGAUGGACCCCGACCGCGUGCACGACGAGACCGUCUUCUGGGGCAAGGCCGCGCUCCUCGUCGGCGCCUCGUACGUGCCGAUCAUGACGAUCGAGCUAGGGAUCUUUGGCACCGUCGGCGAGCACCUCACGCGCAACCUGCGCGCGCUCGCCGCCCGCUCGCUCGUCAAGCAGGAGAUCGGCUUCUUCGACGACCCCAACCACUCGGCCGGCGCGCUCACCCUCUUCCUCGGCGAGAAGGUUGCGCUCGCGCAGGCGGUCAACGGCCACCGGCUCGCCGCCACCGCCCGCCAGCUCGCCACCGUGCUCUUCUCCGCGUACCUCAUCUUCACGUUCGGCUACUGGCAGCUCGCCGCCAUCAUGAUCGUCGUGCUGCCCCUGAUGGGCUUCUCGAUGAGCAUCUUGAUGGUCGUCUUCCUCGGCCUCAAGGCGGACGAGGGCAACAAGGCGGCCAACGUCGGCUCGCUCAUCGGCGAGGUCGUGCUCGGCGUGCGCACCGUCGCCUCGCUCGGCGUCGAGCGCCGCUUCCUCGCCGACUUCGAGGCGGCGACCGACGCCGAGGCCCGCCGCGGCGUGCGGGGCGCCUUCGUGUCGGGCCUCGCCGUGGGGAUGGGCAAGGGGAUGCUCGUCUGCUUCAUCGGCAUCGUGAGCUACUACGGCAGCCUGCUCGUCACCAAGGACAUCGAGCAGCUCACCGCGGAGAUGACGCGCAUGUUCCUCGACCCGGACGCACCGCCCGGGCCGGACGACAUCACCUCGGUCGACGCCGCCACCGGGUGCAUCAACUCGCAGAUCUGGACGAUCGUCGAGAAGUUCCUGUGCCCGCUGAUCGUCGUCUUCUUCAGCUCGAUCGGCAUGGGCGCGGCGGGCGUCAUCGCUGCCGACUCGAGGCGCGCCGCUCUGGCCUGCCAGGCGCUCUUCCGCAUGAUCCGCCGCCCGUCGCGCAUCGACGCCACCGACAAUGACGGCACCAAGCUGCCGUCGGUGCGCGGCGACAUCUCGGUGCGCGACGUGGUCUUCGCGUACCCCGCCGCGCCCGAGCACCUCGUCUGCAACGGCUACUCGCUCGAGAUUGGCGCGGGGCAGACGGUGGCGCUGUGCGGCCCGUCGGGCAGCGGCAAGUCGACGCUCAUCCAGCUGCUCGAGCGCUUCUACGACCCGCAGGAGGGGUCGGUGCGGCUGGACGGCGUCGACCUGCGCGACCUGAACGUGCGCUGGCUGCGCUCGCAGAUCGCGCUGGUGGGGCAGGAGCCCAUCCUCUUCGUGGGCACCGUCGCGGAGAACAUCGCGUACGGCAAGGAGGGCGCCUCGCGCGCCGAGGUGGAGGAGGCGGCGCGCAGCGCCAACGCGCACGAGUUCAUCAUGAACAGCCUGCCGCACGGGUACAACAGCAACGUCGGCCUGCGCGGCGGCAUGCUGUCGGGCGGUCAGAAGCAGCGGGUGGCGAUCGCGCGCGCGAUCGUGCGCAAGCCGGCCAUCCUGCUGCUCGACGAGGCGACGUCGGCGCUCGACACGACGAGCGAGCGGGUGGUGCAGGCGGCGAUCGACGAGAUCAUGCAGAAGCAGAAGCGGACGACGGUCACGAUCGCGCACCGGCUGAGCACCAUCCGGCACGCCGACAAGAUCGCAGUCAUCCGCGAGGGGCGCGUGGUCGAGCAGGGCACGCACGCGGAGCUCAUGCUCACGGGCGGCGUCUACGCCGGCCUCGUCGAUGCGCAGCAGUCGUGAGCGACGCCGCGCGCUCGCGGCACGCGGGGGGCGGACACAGGGGCGCACGAUUUGAGUACUGUCAGCGACACUGAGUGGAACUGCACAGGCAAUGUCCGCCUUAUGUGCAUGCAAGUGGUGGAUAUAAUGUCUGUUUAUUAUCAUACCAUUUUCCGCAUUUUUUUC